GCUCCCAUCUGCAGCUGCUCUCACAGUUUGAUCUCAGACGUUUCUCUCUGCCUGAAGACGAAGAUGAAAUCAGCUGAGGAGGAUGCAUAUGGCUACACGCCAAAUGUCAGUCUCUCCCUCCCUCUGGGCAACCCGUGUAUCCCCUCCCAGUACCACAGCCUCCAGUCCAGCCCCACCAUAUCUGUCUCCGUCACCGAGCCUCACAGUUAUGACACCCAGGAUGACAUGACGGGGGCCGGCUAUUACUCGUCUUCGAGCACCCGCCCAAACGGAGCCCCGACCCUGGAGAGCCCUCGUAUCGAGAUCACGGCCUACGGUCAGUUUCCUGAGGAUGAGGUGGAGGAGAGCAGCCUUCCCGUCACCAAGAGAGUCAACUCCGUGGUGACACUGACCCUCCCCAGUGCCGACAGUUACCGUGACCCCAGCUGCCUGAGUCCGGCCAGCAGCAUCUCAUCUCGCAGCUGCCACUCUGACGCCUCCUCUUACGAGUCAGGCUUCUCCUACAACUACGACAACUCCCCCCAGAACUCCCCCUGGCAGUCUCCCUCUGUGUCCCCCAAAGGCUCCACCCUCGCCCUGCCAGGUGACGGCUGUGCCUCUGGCGGAUCCCCUCGCCACUCCCCCUCCACCUCUCCACGCACCAGUAUAACAGAUGACACCUGGAUGGGUCAGCGUGGCUCCAGGCCCAACUCCCCUUGUGGUGCAAAGAGGAAGUACAGCUUCAACGGCAGCGGGGCGCCACACAAGCACUACCCCUACUCGCCCAACCACUCCCCCGGACCGUCCCCGCAGACCUCGCCACGCCUCAGCAUCACAGAGGAGACCUGGCUCCCAAACACCAACCAGUACACCAACUCAGCCAUCCUGGCAGCCAUUAAUGCCCUGACCACAGACGGAGUGGCUGACCUCGCUGAGGGAAUCCCCAUGAAGGCCCGGAAAACCAGCCUGGAGCACAUCCCCACGGUGAGCCUAAAGGUGGAGCCGGGGGGCGAGGAGCUGAGUCCAGGGCAGCUCUGUGAGGACGAGCACCCAUCCAACCGCCUGUCGCUAAAGAAGGAAGGUUACUGCGGCGGGUUUCUGGACGUGCCGCAGCACCCAUACUCUUGGUCCAAGCCAAAGCAAUAUGUGAGCCCAUCCCUGCCGGCUCUGGACUGGCAGCUGCCAUCCAGCUCUGGGCCGUACAGCCUGCAGAUCGAGGUGCAGCCCAAGUCCCACCACCGAGCCCACUACGAGACAGAGGGCAGCAGGGGGGCGGUGAAGGCCCUGGCAGGAGGACACCCAGUCAUCCAGCUCCACGGCUACAUGGAGAGCGAGCCUCUCACCCUUCAGCUGUUCAUCGGCACGGCUGAUGACCGGCUGCUCAGGCCCCACGCCUUCUACCAGGUCCACCGCAUCACCGGGAAGACAGUGUCCACCCCGAGCCACGAGGCUCUGCACAACAACACCAAGGUGCUGGAGAUCCCACUGCUGCCAGAGAACAACAUGAGGGCCAUAAUCGACUGCGCCGGGAUCCUGAAGCUGCGUAACUCAGACAUCGAGCUGAGGAAGGGGGAGACGGACAUCGGACGCAAGAACACACGAGUGCGGAUGGUUUUCAGAAUUCACAUCAACCAGGCCACAGGCCGAACGGUGUCCCUGCAAGUGGCAUCCAAUCCCAUUGAGUGCUCCCAGAGAUCGGCCCAGGAGCUGCCGCUGGUGGAUAAGCAGAGCUUGGAGACUUGUCCCGCCCCCGGAGGGGAGAGGAUGCUCCUCGAUGGACACAACUUCCAGCACGACUCCAAGGUGGUGUUCGUGGAAAAGGCUCAAGACGGUCACCACCUCUGGGAGACUGAGGCCAAGGUUGAGAGAGACGCCUCAAAGCCUAAUUCGCUCCUGGUUGAAAUCCCUCCGUAUCGGAACCAGAGGCUCUCCACUCCGGUCCACGUCAACUUCUACGUCUGCAACGGCAAGAGGAAACGAAGCCAGUAUCAGCGCUUCACCUUCGUCCCCGCCAGCGUUCCAACAAUAAAGACGGAGCCACAUGACGACUACGACGCCCCCUUGUUGUGCACUCAGCAUGGUUCCACCCUGGCCUUGCACCCAAAGCCAUACUUCCCCUCGCAGGUCAUGCCCCCUGCGAUGAUGACCUCUGACCCCAGGCCGUGUGUUGUUGGUGGAGCUUACCCUGUCAGCCAGCCUAGACUGACAGCCAAGCCUUCCUCGCUGACCUCCUCUUCCUCUCCGUGCACCAGCCCCAAAUUGCACGACCUGUCGUCGUCACCCUUCUCCCCCAAGUGCCCCCCUGCCGGCCCAGCGGUCCCACACCAGGGCCCCCAGUCCCCGAUCCCUCACGUCUCCAUCAUCCAGGAGACCCCCGGGCGCUACCAGCUGCCCAGCCUCUACCCGCCCAGCAGCUCCUCCUCCUCCCCAACCUCGCAGCCCUCCACCCCGACCGACGCCCCCUUCUCUCCGGCCCAAUGCAUGACUCCAGCCCAGCCGGUCAGCGGCAGCACCAGCCCAGCCACCCAGCAGCACCCCAAAGCACCAGAAAGAGGGCGAGCCCCCCUGCAGGAGGACGGCAGCCCCCCGACACUGGCUGUCAGCAUCAAACAAGAACCGCAGGAGCUGGACCAGAUGUACCUCGAUGAUGUCAAUGAGAUCAUCAGGAACGACUUGUCCAGCAUCUCCGUCCACAGCCACGCAUAGUUUCCCGUCACCUGCAAAACUGACACAGAAAACAAACAAAAAGGGAAAAAACAAACAAAGGUGACUCUGCGCUCUGCAUGUUCGGACUACAGCGUGCACGAAGCAGCCAAAGGAAAUCCGAGGAGAACAAUUGUAAAUGUAUC